CAGUCACAGGUAAGAUCACCGGUAUUGUGGACUGGCAAUUAGCAUGUGUCACACCUAUGUUCUACCAAUCUGAUGUGCCGCGGCUGUGCCAACAUUUUGGGACUGUCUGGGAAGGCUGAGCGAUUUCACAACGACCUGAAGAUUACUACACUCUCACUGAAGUUGAGCAGAAGAUGAUUGAUAAAGAGCUAGAGAGUGAAACGUUGCGCAAGUGGUAUGAAGCACAGGUUUACCUACAAGCCCCUAAACACUAGCCCGUUCUUACGCAGAAAACACGUCCCUUCCUCUACAAACCCAUCUCGCUCGUCAGCAAAGUUUGGGAAGAUCGUCAUCUUUUCUUCCUCCGUGACGCUCUCAUCCUCGUCGCCGCAAAGGAUGACCUUUUUUCCUGGUGCACCCUGCCCGAUUGAAUUUAGCAACGAGGAAAUGGAGCUCCACGACAAGGAACUACUGAAUGUAGAAGUUGUUGGAAAAAUACUGCGAUCGUUUCGCUGUGGAUCCUUGCUGCCCGUGGGUGACACGGUUGGCCCGGAAGACUAUGGUAACGCGAUUCAGAGCAGCCGCAAUUUCAAAAUUGUUUUCUUAAGGAGCCCGAAGAUUAGAUCGGUGGUACGAACUGAGUAGGGUUACAUCUACAACCCAGAACCUUGUGGUCUGAUAUCGGUUUCUUUCGCUUGUCUGGACGAGUCGUUUACAAGGGUGUGUGUGCCCAGCUGAACUCAUGUGGAGGACAUUUCAGUAUUUCGACGGUGCGCUGUGUACCUGCUUGCUAGGAUUAUCCCGGUGUGGUGUAUGUGUAUUUGAAUAUCAUGUUGAGGGGUCUUUUUGAUAACGUGGGUAUCUUUAUGCUGUCUACGUGUCCGUGCAUUAUGCUUAUGCAUCUUUCUUGGGCAAGGCUUUGGUCUGCUAGCAGUGUAUGUAUGUAUUCCUUUUGUCUUCCCUCGGCGCUCUCACAAUAAAGACAUUGGAAC